AUGCGAACUCACCAAGCUGAUUAUAGUAACGAUAGAAAAGCCAAUGUUUUACAGGGUUAUGUUGAGACAAAACAUCCAGAAGAAAGGCGUAUUCUUGAGUAUUUUAGGACAUUAGAUGUUCCCGAAGCGACUGCACUCUUAGAUGGAGCUCCACGAGUUCGUCCAGAUCCUCCCGUUAAUCAGUCUAUGGAAGCGCAAGGGCAAAAGACUGCGCUGAAGGGGCAAGACAGUGAAUCGGGAUGGUCAAUGACGAUUCUCGUGAUAGCGGGAGCAGGAGCUGUAUUUGUAGUGCUGUGUCUCAUAAUCAUAGCUUGCUCUCCAUUUAUAAUCAAAUUUCGCAGGGCAAGGCGCAAGAAAUGGCUCGAACGGACGUGGGAUAUGCGUGUACGGGAGGCGGCGCUGGAAUUGGAACAACAGUCAGCAGAACAGAAGAACAAGAAGAAAAAAGGAAUGAGAAGGAGAGGGGUUGAACGUUUGGGAUCCGCGGAACCUUCUAAAGAUGGAUCAAAAGAAAAAUCAAAAGAAUCCGGUUCUAAAGAUAGGUGUGGAUCUAAGGAAGGACCUGGUUCAAAAGAUCCCAUUGUCCCGAAAGCGCUAUUCCUAAAGCACGGGGAUGAUCCUUUCGGUUCCCAUGAGUCAAAGUAUACACCUGUUAAUCUACCAGCGAAUCAACCGAACAAUCAACCACCUGGACCACCCGCACCACAGCAGUGCAGGUUUGGUCAGCCAUAUAAUCAAGGCCGCAUGUGA